CCCAAGACGUCACCGAGCGUUAUGUUUCUAUGGUAACAUACCUCCCCAUUAGCUGGAACUAGUACUAGUUUUACUUUAUUUCUAACUUUAGGUUGAAUGCAGGAGAACAAACUGUUAUUGACACGGUAUGUUUCGAUAAUGAGCUAGCUAAGCAUGAAAUAGAAACCCUGAUUUGAAUCCUUUUUGCAAAUUCGGAAAAAUAUAUAUCAGAACUGGAAAAGUUCUUGCAUCCACCAGAGAAAGAUGAGGACCAUAACUUCCUCGGGUGGCAAAGUUGAGACUGUGACUGUGAGGAGAACAGAGUCAUCGGAUGCACAUGCGAUCAAUAGCCUGAUCAGUCCUGCCACAGUAGCAGUAUUUGGAAGAGUAAAUGUAAUUCAUCUACUAGAGAAGGCCAAUCUGGCAGUGACCCUGAGCAAUGCGAAGAAUGAGGUCUUGGCCCAUGCUGCCUUCUCUGAUCACCCCAUUGGAGACAUUGUGGAUCAAGCUUGUUGGGAACCAUUCCUGCAUGACAAUUACAGUGCUGAAAAAUACACGCCGCUGAACACACUUUUCCUGCACCUCUUCGUGGCACAGCCGAUCUUCUCCAUUGGGAGUGCCAAAGAGAUUGUAAGAACUGUGUUCAAUGCUAUCACAGAGCUGCAAUACAUCUGCUUGGUCACCCCAACUAGUCGAUGUCUAGAGCGUGCACUGGAAAAGAUCUUUGAGCCCAUGAAGAGUCUGAAGGAUCCAGGGCCCCAGUGUUCAGCAUUUGUGUGCCACAGACACAGCUAUUGCCCAAGGCUGCAUGUCCGCCGAGCCAGGGUGGAGGAUCAUGAUGACCUCACACACAUCUUUGCGGAGCAGACAAAGGCCCUCACAGGAUCCUAUGGGACUUACUUUCUGGCUGAACUCAUUGAGGCUCAGGACAACGAAAAUCAUGCAGCUGUUUGUGAGAAUGAGGGAACUGCUGUGGGUUUCAUCAGUGUGAGUGGUGACAUCAACUUGAAGCUGCUCAAUGAAUGCUUUGAGCUUGGGCCCUUCAACGGUCUGUAUAAGCCCAGUCCAGAGGACCUGACUGAGACUGCCCCUGAGCCAGAGGGAAAGGGGACUCCAGGGGACACCAACACCAUUAGCCCACAGGGUAGCACUGGAGAGGUGCAGUAUGAGAUGAAUCUGACCCAGAAGGACCCAUGUCCAAAAUCCAAAAUCAACGAUACUGACGUGGACCAGACAAAGGAUUUUGAUCAAGGUGGCAUUACAGAAAUACCCAGUGAAGUAUCAGAGCCAGGGGACAGCCAGGCUUGUGCGGCAAAGCUUCAGGGUUCAGAAGUGACUCUGAAACCAAGAGUCUCAGUAACACCCAAUGCAUUCUGUAUUCAAUUAUUUGUCAUCUACAAGAAUUUUGAAAUGAGAUCAGUGGACUUCCUGCCCAAUAUAUUUAAACUUUUCCCUGACCGUGAUUUCUGCAUCAUCUCUGUGCCCAAGCUGGCCCCUGAGUUCCCCCUCCUCCAGAGCUUCCUCAGGGUAGUACCACACCACACCAGCAGCCUGCCCCAGGAGCUCUACAUCUUCCACCGCUCUGGCCUGCUCAAGACAUUUGUGGUGAGUCUGGCAGUGUCUGCAGACAGGCCUGCAGUCUGUGACAUGGUGAAGAGACUCAGCCUGCAUGAGAGCCUGCUGGAGGACCUGGACAUGUUCUACCAGGCCCAUAGAGACAAGGAUGGAACACCCUUGCAGGCAUUUGUAGCCCAAGUUCAGAAUCAACUAGUCGGGAUUGUAAUUAUCAGAAAUGAGGAGGAUAUAGAUUACAUCCGAGCCAACUACAACAUUGAGAACUUCAUCUACUUCAGCCACCACCGCUAUGAGGAGCACGGCCAGCUGUGUCACUUUGCCCUCAACCCCAUCUUCCAGCACUACGCCAAACACUUCCUAAAGGAGGUCCUGCGGCUGGCCCACAAAUCCUGCCUCUACUACCCAAUCUACCCCUCCUACCACAACCAGAAGAACUCAUGUGCCCAUUACCUGACCUCUGUUCUUAACUGCAUGGUUCCGGUGCGCCCGCGACGCCAGAUUGUCUACCCUCUGGAGGAGCUGGGCAUCAACGCGCCAUCCAAGCAGAUCACUAAGGACCAGGUCUCGUAUGCUCUCAACCACAUCAACCGAAAGCUAACCAUGGAACCAAAAGUCACCAUCAAUGCCAGGAUCGUGGUAGUGGGGGCAUCAGACACUGGCUUAGCAUUUCUGGAGGUGCUUGCUUUCUGCCCACAUCUGAGGUUCAAUAACAUGACUCUGAUCUCCACGCAUGGCUUCCCAGGCUACUACACCAAUGAAAAGAUGAGAUUCUUGUCCAUGAGUCAUAGCUCCAGCGACAGGGACCAUGCCCAGAUGUCUCUGCGCUCCUGGAUCAACGUGGUGACAGGCAAGAUGGUGGGCAUCGACAGGGCAGCCAAGCACGUACUGGUGUCUGGGGGCAGGAAAGUGCCUUAUGAUCAUCUCAUCCUCUGUACAGGCCAGCAGUACCAGGUUUCCUGUCCCACUGGUGUGGACGGCAGCCAUCUUCCCCCCAAAAGCCAGCUCCCAGCCCAGUCCCGCCGUAGAUACACCGGGCCCGUCCCGUCCAACCUCUUCACCCUCAACGACCACCACGACUGUGUGACCGCUUACCAGUGGCUGCUCAACAACUUUGUGGAGCUGAAGGGUAAUGCCAUAGUGUAUGGCAACACCAUUGACGUGUACACCUGUGUGGAGACUCUGUUAUGCCUGGAUGUCCAAGGCUAUCGCAUCCACCUGGUCCAUCUGCCCACCACAGAGGGCUCCAGCUGCAGCCCCAGAUCGUGCUUCAGCAACCCCACAGUAGAGAAGGCCAUGAAGAAGGCCUUGGAGAAGAGUGGGGUCCAUGUUCACCACAACUGCUUGCUGGCCCAGAUGAAUGACGGACAGAACCCUGAGCCAAUCACCUCCUUGUCCUUCACCAGUGACAGUCAGCCUCUCCGGCUGGAGUGCUCUGUCUUUAUGAACCUCUCCUCCAAAGGUGUGGACUACGAUGCCUUUAAGGCCAUCAACGACGCCUGUCUGGUGUACGACGGCCGGCUGGUCAUAGACACCACAUUCCAUACGAACGACUCCACCAUCCGCGCAGCCGGGCCCCUCACCAAGUUUGCCCGGCGCUAUCUCGCAGACCAGUGGUCCCACUCCAGCUUCAACUCUAGGGAGGUAGGCCAGGAGCUGGCUGCUGCUCUGCUGCCCUUCUUCGACCCCACGCUGGAGCCGGCCAUCAACUCUCCAGCUGACCUGGACCGCCUCAUCCCCAUAUACACACAAGCCAAGAUCCAAGGUGGUAGACUGCCAGGAGGAUACAGUUAUCUUCAUGCUACCAAACCAGAGCAAAGGCCAUCUGCAGUUCACCCUGUAGAGGGAAGAGAGAUCCUGACUGGCCGCAUUGAGACUGGCAACUAUUUCCACCUGCACCUGAACCAGUACGGCAUGGUGGAGACAAUCACCUGUCUGUCACUGAAGCCCUUCCCAGUCUCCAACUACCUGUGUCUCUAUGGGAAACAUGAGCUGCUGCUCAACCGCCUGUGUUCCCGUUAUGAUGAAGGGCUGGUUCACGACCUCUACAGUUAUUUCAGGGAGAAAUGGUGCCUGGCGAUAUAUCAUGAUCGCUUUGCAGACUUUGAGCAGGAAAUGCACCAGAUAAUGGAAUCAACUAAAGUGCAGGACCACAAUGAUGUGUCCAUUUCAGAGCUCGUUCAGAGAAUGGUAGAUGAGAAGCUGGACAUUAUUGAGGAACCGAACGUGUUUCUCAAGAAGGUGUUUGAAACAAGUGGGGGAUUGGCUUCCCUGAAGACCAGCACUCUGAAUUACCUGAGGUACAACAGGUACCACCUGACUAUGUAUGCCCAGCCUGGACUACUGUAACUGCUCCAACAUCUUAUUUUACCUCAACCCACAUUUUAAAUGACAUAUUCAUCACAAAGAAAUAUUCCAUUGUUUUGAUUUAAUUAAAACGUUGUAGAAUCAUCCAACUGUAGUAAAAACAUUGACAUUCAAUUGAGUUCAUUUGAACAGAAAAUACAGUAGCCAAUGUCUUUAAUAAAUGUACUUGUGAUUUUAGAUAGCCUAAUAUUCUUGUCUAUGUACACACUUUUAGCAUGAACAAGAACACUAACUUGUAGUUGUCUUAAUUUUAUGAGAAGUUAAAGUUGACUGAUUUGAGAAAACAGAGAAAACAAAACAAUCCUCAUUAAGUGUUAUAAUAAAGUCACAACGAAUUGUCAAAUUCUGCUUUCUCACAUAACAGUUUUUGCUCAAAUUCGCAUUAAAGGUCACUUGUAAUUGUAACUGCAAAGAUUAUUGGGAUGACUGAUACGACCCAGGCCUAGAUGAAAGUGGAUUUAGUGAGUGCGAGGAGGGGUUCUAUAUUCUACAGCUGUAUGGUAAUGAGGCUCAAAUCUUCACUGCCUCUCUUUGCGCAGCACACGCCAAAGAACAAAUAGCCGCACACGCGCCUCAAGGUAUGGGAUCGUUCAAGCGAUUAUCAAAUAGCUCGGUAAGAUAAACGUUAAUUGGUACAAUAUAUGAAUCUAUGAAAUGACAUGGCUCAAUGACACCCAAUGAAUUGUGUCAUCCCCUGGCUAUUGAAUAAUUAGCCAUUUUAAUGCAAACAAUUUCCCAGAGGAAGGCAAUUUAAAAAGUGUUUGAAAACAUGGUAUUCUAACAUGACCUAUAGGCCUAUAUUAUAGGCUUAUACUGUAGGUCAUGUUAGAAUACCAUGUUUUCAAACACUUUUUAAAGAUUUUACCUACUGAAAAAUAUCUUAAAUUAUUAUUUGCAUCAUUGUUUGGGCCUUGGAUAAUUACUUUAAUUACAAUAAUUUCACGUAGCCCUAUUUCAGAUUAGUUUGAGCAACUUUAUAGUUAUAUACCUAUUAAUAACCGGAGAGGCAUGCCAUUCAAAUCUCAUAUUUGGUGAAAUUCUGUCAAAAGAAACAAAAAGACUUGGUCAGACAUCUGGCAUGUGGUUUAUCGCACAAAUUAUUAUGGAAUGAAAUAUUGACGCAUUAGCCAAACUAGACAAGUUUUCUCGUUCCUCGCCAUGGUGGUGGAUAGCCUUUAGGCUAUAUUUUAGAGAUGGGAUAUGACCCUAAAGGAAUUGGGUUUGACUGUUUUUAACGGAGAGAUAAUCAUGGUAGGGCCCGUUUGGAGACGGUCGGCUUUGUUCAAACCACACUGAUCACGCACAGCACGCGCCGAAAGUAUCUAUUGGCCAGAUUGCUUUGUUGCACAUUUUACCGUGCAAUUUCCUUUUCAAUCACAAGCGGGAUACAGCUUGCAAAAGCGCUGCCAUUGUAAUGCAAAGCAGGGAACCCUGUUUCAUUAAUUAUGUAUGCGUAAAAUGACUGAUUCAUAUGUCCAGAGUUCAACUGUCGUAUCCAACACAUGUCGCUAUGGAUGCCUUGAAAUGUUUCUUUGUUGAUUUUCUUUCUCUCCAAUAUAAAUAUUUGCUUGUUUGGGGGUUUUAAAUGUGGUGUUUUAAAGGAAUAGGCUAUAGUUUAAACUUUGUAUUGGUUGAACAAUUUGUCGAUUUUCUUUAGCCUUGAAUAAAGCUUAAUAAUUAUGCAAUUGAAGCAGAUGAAAACAUGCAACUCA